AUGGCAAGGAAACAGAAGGAGGCGAUCGAGGUAGAGGGAACCGUAACGGAGUCCCUGCCUAAUGCCAGCUUCAGGGUGGAGUUGGCGAAUGGGCACAAGGUGCUCGCAUACGUAUCCGGCAAGCUGAAGCUGAAUUUCAUUCGCGUGCUGCCGGGCGACCGUGUGCUGGUCGAGCUCUCUCCCUACGAUCUGACACGCGGCCGGAUUACCUACCGCUUCAGGUAG